AUGGCAACAAACAGUAACACAUCAACAUGCUGCAACACAUCAAAAGCAAGCAGCACCAAAGCAACAAGCUGCAAUACAACAAAAACCCGCAACACAACAACAAACAGCAACACAGCAACAAUUGGCAACACAACAACAACCGGUAACACAACAACCAGCAGAACAUCAGCAACCACAACACAACAACAGCAGCAACACAACACCGACCGCAACACAACAACAAGCAGCACCACAACAUCAAGCAGCAACACAACAGCAACCGGAAACACAACAACAAACAGCAACAUAGAAACAAGAAGCAGCAACACAGCAACAAGCAGCAACACAACAACAAGCGGAAACACAGCAACAACCAGCAGCAACAUAGCAACAAGCGGAAGCACGGCAAGAAACAGUGACACAACAACAUGCGGCAAUAAAACAACAAGCAGCAACACAACAAAAACCAGCAACACAACAACUACCAGCAACACAACAACAAGCUGUAGCAACACAGCAACAAGCAGCUACACAACAACAACUGGAAACACAAUAACAAUCAGCAAUACAACAACUACAAGAGGCAGCACAACAACAAGCAACAAAACAGCAACACGUGGCAACACAACAACAACCGGUAACACAACAACCAGCAACACAUCAGCAACUACAACACAACAACAGCAGCAACACAACAGCGAAAGCAACACAACAACAAGCAGCACCACAACAACAACCAGCAACACAACAGAAACCGGAAACACAACAACAAAUAGCAACAUAGAAACAACAAGCAGCAACACAGCAACAACAAGCAGCAACACAGCAACAAGCGGAAACAUGGCAACAAACAGUAACACAACAAGACGCGGCAACACAAAAAAAGCAAGCAGCAACAAAGCAACAAGCAGCAACACAACAAAAAACCGCAACACAACAACUACCAGCAACACAACAACAAGCAGUAGCAACACAGCAACAAGCAGCAACACAACAACAACCAGAAACACAAUAACUACCAGCAACACAACAACAACAAGCGGCAGCAGAACAACAAGCAACAACACAGCAACAAGUGGCAACACAACAACAACCGGCAACACAACAAGCAGCACCACAACAGAAACCGGAAACACAACAACAAACAGCAACAUAGAAACAACAAGCAACAACACAGCAACAACUAGCAGCAACACAGCAACAAGCAGCAACACAACAACAAGCGGAAACACAGCAACAACAAGCAGCAACACAAAAACAAGCAGAAACAUGGCAACAAACAGUAACACAACAACAUGCAGAAACACAUCAACAGCAAGCAGCAACAAAGCAACAAGCAGCAACACAACAUAA